CAUGUUAAAGUCAUUUACAGUGCUAUCUCGCAGUUUGCAUUGUGGCGUGUAUUGAAAUGAGCAAUAACACGGCCAGGCAAAUAUUUCAUUUGUUGUAAAUUGCAUGAAUAUUGAUUUUAAACGUCAAAUUCCGAAUCGGUAACACACGGGAUACACACGGGCUAAAAGCAAAGUAAAAAGAAAAAGAGAAAAAAAAAUCGAAACGACCACGACGAGAGUGAGUGAAUGAGUGAGUGGAAUGAAAAUAAAAGAAUGUUAUAAUAAAUGAAAAUUAUCGUAAAUUUAGUCGUGUUGAGGGUCAUUAACUCAAUCCAUCCGCAGACCCCACGAAGGAGAAAAAUUCCAUUCAAAAAGUCAAAUCCAUAAAUUCACUCGACGAAUAAAAAAGGUGAAUCAAUGCGAAAAGUGUGUGUGAAUAGAAAAGAAAAAAAAGUAUCAAGAAAUUUAUCCAAUGAUUUCGCGUAAGCCUUCCGUGUAAUUGCAACUGAGUGUGUGUGUUUGGUGAAGUGAAGUUAGUACGUGUAGGUGUAUGCGUAGACAUGUUCUCUUGAAUUUACAAAAAAAAAUAUUGAUGUGUGUUGAUUACACAUGCUUACAAAUACCAUAAAAGUGUGUAUAUUUUUUGUUUCUUAAAAUUUUAUAACAUUCUAUGAAUUUGGAUUGGAAUAAUUCAGUCAUCCUUAUUCAACUGCAAUAAUAAUCAUUUUUAUAACAUCAACAACCACAACAAUUUAAGUGAAAUAUAAAACAAAGAAUUAGUGGGCUAGUUUAGUGUAUACAAGAUAAUUAAUAUAAAAAAAAACCAACCACAACAACAACAAAAUCAAGUUUCAUAUUAUUUAUCAUACGCACACAUGACGAUUGCCUGUAUCUCCAUUCGAAUAGAUUUAAAUUGCAGUAAUUAAAGAAGGUAUAGAAAUGGCAUCCGCCGAGGGAGCCGAUUCAAUUGAAUUGGAAUCAGUUUUUUCCAGUAAAAACCGGGACAUUCAUUCGAGUACAUUGAAAUCAACGAGCGGUACCGAUGAUGAUAAAGACAAAACGGAAAGUGGAGAUGCCGCUACAACGCUCGAGUUAAAUGGUGAACAAAAUGCGACUACGCGCCCAAGUCACAAUGUUGGCCGUUACAAAUACGAUCGCGAACGAAAAUUGGGCCAUCGAAGAGUUGGCGACGGUGGUGAGAUUACAUAUAAAAAAAUUCAAUCGUCACAUAUUAUGGGAUCGAUUCAGCUAGGAAUUCAACAUACCGUUGGUAGUUUAGCAUCAAAACCAAAACGUGACCUGUUGAUGAACGAUUUUUGGGAAUUGGAAACCAUAUCAUUUCCACCCGACGGUUCAUCAUUAACGCCUGCGCACCACUAUGCCGAGUUUAGAUUUAAAAUCUAUGCGCCCAUUGCAUUUAGAUACUUUCGUGGAUUGUUCGGUAUUCAACCGGAUGAUUUUAUGAUGUCAAUGUGUUCAGCACCGUUGCGUGAAUUAUCAAACCCUGGUGCAUCUGGUUCGAUAUUUUAUUUGACCGAUGACGAUGAGUUUAUCAUAAAAACUGUACAACACAAAGAAGGCGAAUUUUUGCAAAAACUAUUGCCCGGCUAUUAUAUGAAUCUAAAUCAAAAUCCACGUACACUCCUACCAAAAUUUUUCGGCUUAUAUUGUUUUCAAUGCAAUAGCAAAAAUGUCCGUUUAGUUGUAAUGAACAAUUUAUUGCCAUCAUAUAUAAAAAUGCAUCUGAAAUACGAUUUAAAGGGUUCAACAUACAAACGAAAGGCAAAUAAACAAGAACGUGGCAAAUCAUCACCAACAUACAAAGACUUAGAUUUUAUGGAACAACAUCCGAAUGGUAUAUUUCUCGAGUCUGAUACGUACAAUGCGCUGGUGAAGACAAUACAACGUGAUUGUCGUGUAUUGGAAUCGUUUAAAAUUAUGGAUUACUCAUUGUUAGUUGGCGUUCAUAAUUUAGAUUUAGCAAUUAAAGAAAAACAAGAAGAACAAAAUCGACCACCGCCAAUAACGCCCGAUCUACGAAACAUUUCACAAGAGGAUGAAUCCGAUUUGGAAGAUGCACCGGAAGCCGAUCAAUUUAUAGCACAUGAACGUCAUCAAGAGGAACGUGAACGAGUUGGUGCAGCAGCUGCUGCUGCGAUAGCACUAAAUCGUAGUAAAUCGAUUAAUCGCCAGCGAUUGGUCGCACACUCAACCGCAAUGGAAAGUAUACAGGCCGACAGUGAACCAAUUGAUGUUCAAGAUGAUGUGCCGCCUGGCGGAAUUCCAGCGCGUAGUGAGAAAGGAGAACGAUUGCUUUUAUUCAUCGGUAUUAUUGAUAUUCUGCAAUCGUACCGCUUGAAGAAAAAACUAGAGCAUACAUUCAAAAGUAUUAUUCAUGAUGGGGAUACGGUAUCCGUAUGUCGACCAUCAUUCUACGCUCAGCGAUUUCAGGAUUUCAUGGCCAAAACAGUUUUUAAGAAAAUUCCAUCGCUGGAUCUUCCGGAGAUAAAAGGAAAUCAUAGAAAGUUCCGUACUUUAGUUACCAGCUACAUAGCUCUCAAACAUUCACCAUCCAAACGAAAAAGUCUUUCGAAAGCCGCCCAGCGUUCCACUGAAAAUGAAUCAGAAAACCAUCCUGUAGCUGGAACAUCACACCAUCAUCAUCAUCAUGUAACCAGUUCCAUUUCGAAAUCGGAAGCACCAGUCACAGUCGCUUCUUCCUUAAUUCAGUCAACGCUAGCAAAACCAAUUGUAACCGAAGCACCAUCUUCAACAACGUCAUCAUCGUCAUCUGUGCCACAACAACAAAGUCCACUGCCCACAUUCCAAACGACCAUUCCACCGUUGAAACAAAAAACUGGUAUAAUAAAAUCAAAAGUGCCACCACCGGUGCCGCCGCGUGGUUCACCACGCGUUGAUCGUCGUACAAGUACCAGUUCACAUAAAUCGGCAAGCGCAAGUCCGCGUGCGACACCAUCAUCAGGUACAGCACCUUCAUGUUGUUCCACUCCACCACCCGCUUUUGAUGACAUUUCUGAAGGUAGCAGUAGCCAUCAUCGACAUAGUGACGAUCGUGGAAAUGAUCGACGAUUACAAACGGGAGGCUCCACCAUAAGAAGCACAUCCUAUCGCGAAGACACCGUUAGUUAUGGAACCUUAACACGGUCAACUUGUAGUCUUAGCAUAUCAGAAAUUCGAUUAGAUCCACAUUUGGCUGUUGAUACAUCAAGCGGUAGCCAGUAUGGGUCACGUGGUGCAUUGGCAUGGACACCGCCCGCUUCAAAUGAAGGUUCAACACCAACCUGGACAGAGGGAACGCCAAGCUUUACUGAAUCCAGUUCGAGCGGUGAUAUGGCAUUUUCAGGUAAUUCAUCACCAUUAAACACAUACACAUCUGCGUCGGAUCGUCACAAACCAUCUGUCGAAGAAUCACUGAAUGCACUAACAUCGGAAAUGAAAAUUUCAACUAUUGCUACUGCCACCAAUAGUAAACCCACACAACAAACUGAAACCCUCAAUUCAUGUCAACAUCCCCCUACUUCUUCUUCUGCUUCAACAAUUAGUUCAUUUUUUAAAUUUCCGUUCAAUAUUUUCGAAUGGUUUACAGUCACCACAUCAACAUCAAGUGUGAACGAAUCAAAACCUUAACCAAUUUGAUGUGAUCAUCAUCCAUAAGAAAAACUAAUUUGAAUAGAGCAUGAAGGUGUGAUUUUUUUUUGAAGAGUUCUUGCCACUGGAAUGCGGCGCAUUCGAAAAAAAGCAAAAUGGAAAAAUAUUGCAUACAUGAACAAAAAACGAACAAAUCAAUUCUGAAAUUAUUUAUUUACAUUCAUUUUGUUUAUAAACUUUUCUGUCUUUCUCGAAAAUUUUGCUUUCAUCGGUGAAAUGAUGAUACUU